UCUGCAGGUCUCGCGAGAGGAUCCCCCGUUACUAUGGCGACUGGGAGACUCCGGGCCUAGGCCAGAGGCUGCGCCGAGGUCGCGCAGUUCCAGCUGGUGCAAGGAAAUUUCUGCAAAGAAGCCGAGAACUUAUUUGUGCUUUCCAAUAUGGUGCUGGUGGGAGAAGUAGGUGUCGUUCCUAGCGGAAAAGUCUACAGGCAGAUCUUCAAUGAUGAGGUGUGCUUAGUACGCUCUUUGGAACAAGGGAGAAACAGGGCUGCACAGCAUAAGUGUCCUGUGAGCAGUGGAAAAAUCCCCCUGGUCAAGGAUCUGGAAACAUGUGCUGGCAAAGGACUGUUAUCUCCUCGCCAACAGAAAUGGGUUGAAGGAAUGCCCUAUGACGACUUCACUGAAAACCCAGUGUUCUACAAAGAGGCUACAGUAGUUCAAAAAGUUCAGGAAAGUGAAGAUGUGAUUGCAGCCCAGGAAGUCAGAGGCCUCGCUGAUUUAAUUAUUCCCGAGAAAACAAACAGCAAUAUCAUUGAGCGCCUUGCAAAGGGCAGGCAAGGCCGUCACAAUGAAGCGGUGGUUAUGAUGCAACGGGAGUUAGCCUACAUUGGGAGGGAAAUGGAACACUUCAUUUUGGAGACCGAAACAUUACUUUUAACAAAACUCGCAGAAUCUAAUAGAAAAAUUGAACUUCUUUUAAAGAAGAUUGAAUGUGACAGUGAUCUGGAAGCCUUCUCAAUUGAAAGCUUUGGGCAGUUAUGGGAUGACAUCACCCAAGUCUUAUUGCACAGAAGGCAGUGGAUUAGAGAGAUGGAUGAAACCUUAAACAAGUAUGAAGUGGCUCGAGCUGAGAAGAUAAAAGAUGUUCUGAAGAAAUGCACCAAGAUUCUGGAGGAUAUAGCCUAUCUUUUACCCCCUGAUAUUCACAGAUUUGUACAUAAUGAAGCCAUGAUGAUUAACCAAGCCCUACUGGCCAAUCGGAGGGCAAUUGCCAAGCUGUUUGUUAAUCUGAUGGAGGCAGACCUGAAGAAGGAGCUAUCUCUAAGGUUCAAAUGGCAAGACAGGGUGAAGGACUGGAAGAUCAUGCAGAAGGACUAUGUGGUACAUAGUUUCAGAAAAUUUAUGGCAAGUGAGGAGAUACAGAACCCCCUGGAAGUAAAAAGAGACUUGGAGAACAUGAAAAAGGACCAGAUUUCACUUGAUAGCCAGAGAAUGAAACUUCUGCAGCAUCUUAGUGAUUUUUUGCCUUCAACACACAAAAAAGCUGAGAUAAAUGAAUGGUAUGAAUCUCUUACGGCUUUAAACAAACGUAUAGAUACCCACAAUGUGCAGUGUAUGAUGAGAAUUCGCCUCCACUACGAGAAAGUCUGGCAAGAAUGUCUGACGGAAGUACAGAAGUGCAAGAAUAAACUGUUGAAUUUGAAGGUUUGCACAGAGGAAGAGGCUGAAAAAGUUGUGAACCCUGAAUUCUUCCAGCUGAUUGGGAAUCUACAAAGUCAGUUUGAAGAAGAACUGGAGCAAAUGGAUAUAGACUUUGAGGAACUGGCUAAACUGACUGAACAGAAUUGCAAAGACUUGUACAGAUAUUUCCAGGAAGCUCUUGUCCUUUGGGAUGUGCAUCAACUCAACCUGACCCAGCAAGAAAAUGAGCUUCAGAUGAAACUGAAGGAGUGCCGUCAAAAACAUGAAAACCAAAAUCAGAUACAGGAACUUAAUCUGGAUAUAAUUUUGGAUAAAUUGAGGACACAGAGCAAUGAAGGAAAACUGACAAGUCAUUUGGAAAGGGCCUUUUCUUCUCUGGAUGACAUUAGAGCUGGGUAUGAAACCUACCACCAAGACAUAGUGGAGAGAGUAGCGGCCUAUCCAGAAGCCAUACUGAAGGAACUGAUCGCAUAUAGCACAUCCAUCAGCCAAUACUUUAAUGUAAAGGAAGUCUUUCAACAGGGCUUGCCGGAGGAGACAGGCUCUGCCUCUGAAGAGCAAGAAUUAGUGGAGGAUUCAGAAACUGAAAAUAUAGAAGAGCAGCAAGAGGCUGAGAGUUUUUCAAGAGAAAGCGAAGAAGCAGAGCAAUGUUCUGAGAGCCUCCAGCAAGAAAAUGAGGAAACAAAUGCAGGUGAGGAUAAGGAGAGCUUAGCACAAGAAGCUGAAGAAGCAGAAAAACAAGGGGCUGGGGAGACCUCUGCUCAAGGAAGUGAAGGAACUGAUCAGUUAGAAGAAAGUGAUAAUUUUGCACAACAAAGGGAAGAAGCAGAAAUAUUUGAGGAUGAAGAGAAUCAAGAGUGUAAAGAGGAUGAUUUGCAAGGCAUUCUUCCGGAGAUCACAUUGUCUGACUGUGACGAGACAGAAAGCUCUGAAAUUAUAGCUGAGGUCUUCUUCACCACUAGUGGAAACCCUUACUCUGUCAUUAGCUGCAAGGAGUCUGACCAAACCAAGACCAAAGAGAUUUGUUGUACUAAACUUGAAAAAAAAGAUCCACUUCCUAUGUACCUGAAGCAUGUGCUUAUACCAGGCAGCUUGCUGGAAGAGCUCAAGAAACGGAUUCGUCUAGGAUUUUUUGAGCACCUGGAGAUGUGGUUUGCCCAGUCCUUGUCCAAUGCCUGCAUCAUUGUAACUGCUAAGAAAGAGGAACUGAAUUCAGAAUUCCAGCUUCGUCUUCAUCUGCAUGAACCAAGGCAUGAACGCAUAGAAAAGGAAAUCCAUGAUGUCAGGGCUGCGGAGCUGGCACAUCACCAAGAUCGUCUGGAAAGUCACUGCACAGCAUUGUUGGAAGCUCUGAACAAAGAGAAAAGUGAGUUUCUGAAAAUCCGAGAGCGUCAAAAUGACAUCAGCAAGGAGUUCCGUGCACAGAUACAGGACAUGGAGUCCAUCUUCCUCACUGCCUGUAAUGCUGAAAAGUUGAUUUCUCUAAGCAACAUUCUGCAUUCAGAGAUGCGUAAUCAUGUGGAAGUUAUCCAGAUUUCCCUCCGGAGUUUCCGGAACUACUUGGAGGAAGCUUUGAGAAAAUUACGAGAUUCAAAUAUGGACUUCCUUAAGUCUUGCAGAUUAUUUUCAGAGGGAGGUAACUUUUCUUCAGAAGAGGUAGAGCUUUUUUGCAAGCAUCUAGAGCAAGAAACUGCACGCAUUGACUUUGUUGAAGGAAUAAUUAUGGGGGAUAUGGAGAAGAUGGAGUCAAACUACCUAGAACAGGCUAAUGAAGUUAUCGGCAAGUUUGAAUCAAAGUUCCAUUAUCUUGCUGUGGAUCGACUCUUCAUGGAUAAAAUCCAGCGAUUCCUGACAAAUCUACAGGUGAAAAUCAAAUCAGAGGUAGCGAACUCCAAUUUGCAGGCACAGACAUUAAACUCCUAUUUGGAGAAGUUCCUCAUGAAAAUAGAUGCUUGUGCUCAUCCUACUGCAGAUAAAGAAGCUGUUACUGCAGAAGAGCUGUUUGACUUCGCCAAAGUGGUGAUGAAAGAGGUGAAAAAAAGGAGCAAAUACCUUGACUGUCUAGUGGUUCCCAGUUUAAUUUUGCCAGAGAUUGUCAUACAAGGCUCUCUCACUGCAGCAGUUCGAACAGAGAGUCUCAGAGAGGAGAACAAGGUGAUGGUUAUGGGGAUAGAGAAUACUCCACUGUUGAAUCCAAGCCGAAUGGGAAAGCCAGCAGUUGAUGAUGUAGCAGUAAGCGUCAUCAAAAAUUUACUCCAAAUUCAGCAACCCAAAAAAUCCAUAGAGCUGCGGCAUGAGAGAGAUGAACUCACGCAGUCAAAAUCAAUUGCAACUCACCUAUCCACCACAACACAGAAGGAGUCAGGGUUAAACAUGGUAAAUGAAAAUGUCCAGACCUAUCCAUCUUUCCUUGCUGCUCCUGUUGCACCCAAGAAGUCUGUCUCUGUGAACAAAAGGCUCUCUGAUUCAAGCAUACACAGAUACAGCAGACCAACUCGAACUGACAAGAAGUUCCAGAUCUUUGGAGAGAAACUUGAAGACCCUGAUCAUUUUAAAGGGAUUCUCACAGAUAUUCUUUGGAAGGCUAAUGACACUUUGCUGUAUCUUGCUGAGGAGUUCUACCGAAAAGAUAAGCAUCAAAUUACCAGGCCUGACUAUCUGCAAGAAACAUUUGAGCAGUGUGCAGAAGUGCUGGGGCAGAAGCUCCUAUCUUAUCAAGCCCAGACUGAUGACUACUACAAUUCCUGCCUCAGAGAGUUCCGAGAUCAGCUGAAGUUGUUUGAAGAACAGCUCCCUCACGUUUCCCAUCUGGCUAUUGACAGCCUUUUAGAGGAACAUGAAGAGCAGCUCAGAUGCUCCAUGGAUCAGAUUCGGCACCUCUACAGAAAACAAACAGAGGCAUGGGACAAUGCAAAGAUUGUGAACAAGAAUAAAUUGCGUCCAGCUCUUGGGCACCCAGACAACUUGUUCCAGCUGAAGACUUUAUGUGAAGAUGAGGAAAAAAGACAAAAGGACCAAGUUGAUGGGAUUCAUGACAAUACCCAGAAACUGCAAGCCUGUGCUACAGCGUGUGCCCAGAAAUUUGUUUCUGCACUAGCUUCCCUCACAGAGAGGAUGCUUCUGGAAUUCGAUGAGUGUAUCACUAUGGAUGAGGUACAGGAAGCAAGACCUGAAACCCCAAAAGAGAAGAUUUCCACUUUAAUCCGUCGUAAACAAGCAGGACUUCCCUUAGAAAUCCAUGAAUCUAAGCUGUUGCCUGAACGUAAAAGCAGGACCUGGCCAGAAAUACCAGCAACAGUGCUCACAGAUACUCCAGGUUAUGUUCUUUGCAGAGAAACUGCCUCUGUGACAACAGCCAAAACCACGUUGGGUCACCUGUCAGCAGCAGAAGCAAGAGAUGCUGCUUAUAUGAAAUACAAGCAGAGGCUCGACAAGGAGUUUGCCUGUAUCAAGGAAGAAAGUACAGCCCAACUAAUGAAGGCCCAGCACUGGGAAGACUGGUGGAAACAAUCUAUUCAGAAGAUAAAGCAGCUCUAUGUAUGAAACCAGAAUAUCUUCUUAUGUAUAGAUAAUUGUUAAUAAUGUAUCAGUGUCUCUGUUCUACAAAUAAAACUUUAUACCUCAUUAGA